AACACCUUGGCUUCGUGUUGUGUUUGUCCAGGUCAAAAACUGGUUCUCAGGGAUGCCUCAUGUCCUGAAAAGCUGAUAAUGAGCAAAAAGUCUCCCUUAAAAGACUGUCUUGCAAAGGGCAUUAGUCAUCACAACUGCAGUCACCACACUCCAGCCAAACCCUUGGCCAGUUUCUCCUUAGCCAAGUGGAUCAAAUCCCAUCCUGUUUUUCAGAUCCUGAAUUUCAGAUCCCUUUGAAUUCCAAAAUAAUCUAAAAAUUAACAAGAAGAAUCAGGAUGCUCAGCUGCAGCAUUUAGCCCCGUUUCCCUAGUCCCCAUGGUUUCCCUUCUCUUUUGCCAUUUACUGUGUUCCCACCUUGGCAGUCAGACACCAGUGCUGGGACAGGUAGGUUGAUUUCAGGGUGUUAGCAUCUCUCCCAAGUCCCUGCUUGCCCAAAGCAUCCAUCCCUGGCAUGUCCCAUGGCUGGAUGGCACCAUGUAGCAGUGCUCCUUCAAGUGUGGGGUCCAGAAAGCCUCCAAGGAGCUGCACCAGAGCGAGGGGCUGCAGACCUGGGGAGCAAACAGAGAGGUACAGGGGGAAGGAGGUGCUCAGUGCCACAUCCUUGGGCAGUCUGUGCCCAUCUCUAUCAUGGCCUCAGCUGUGCAAGAUGUCAGCCCUGUGAAAACCAAGGCAGGGGGACUUCAGAUUCUGUUGCAGCUUUGCAUCAUCACAGGGCAAGAGACCAACAAGUGAGCAACUUUUCCCAGACUUUACUGUAAAAGGCAGCCAGUGUGUGCAGGCAGCACCACCAGCUUCACCCACAACCUCCUACAGCCACGGGCCUGAGACAGUUUCCUCCACACCACAGCUUUACAUCUGCUCUGUGUGCUGUGGUUCUUCCAGUCUCUGCUUCCUGUGGUGAGCAUGAACACCAAGCUCAGGGAUUUCUUGCAGCAUCCCCACUUUUUGUUAAAAUCAAGGUUUUUCUUGAUUGAACAGGAUAGAUGGUGUUGCCCUCUAGAUAAGCAAUAAAGCUUCCUGCCAUGGCUGCUGUGGUGACUGCUGUGGCUCUCGUUACAAGGGUGACAUGGGGUUGUUUAGCUUGUUCCUCACCAUCAACAUCCUCCAAGGGUGAGUUGGCAAGUUGUCAUCCUUCUUCAACAUUCACUUCCAGCUCUGCCCUGGGAAAUGCCAACCAAACAGAGGCUGGGUCCCUUUGGACACUUCAUUAUUUCAGUUUGCCAGGCAUUGCUUUUCCUCCCAUGGCAAUUUGGCUAUGGGUAUUUGUGACUUCUCAUUUUCCAUUGAUUUAACCCUCAGAGGCUUUCUUUUACCUGCCCCUGUUGGAUCUUUAUUUAUCAAUAAUGGGACGGGGCUGCAGGUAGGCACUCCUUGAGCUUUUUAUUCAGUAUUAGCUUUAUUGGUACAAGGUGAGACACAAAAGAUGUUGAAAGCUCGUGCUAUGACAACAACAGUCAAAUUUUCUUGGUUACAAUGCCUUUUUGAAAACUCUCUAGCUAAUAGAAUAAUGUUAAAAGCUUGUAAGUGUUUGCUUAUGAUCUGGCUCUGUAACACCCUUUCUAUGACCCUUCAGACAUGUCUAAUUUUUAUGAAAAGAAAUUAAUACAUUAAAAUGGAGGGCAAAACCAUGCCAGGAUGCUGUUGCUGACUUGCUGCUGCAGGAGCAUUGUGGUGUCUGACUCCUGCCAGCUGUUCCAUCCAGAAAAAGGCACAAUCGUCGUGUUAGUUUGCUACUCCUUGACUUAGAGUCAGUUUGUCCCUUGGGACCCUCGUGUCCUUUUCUGGAUGGCACAGCCUGAUGAAGGCUACCAAAAUAGUCAGGAGGAAAGUGGGUUUGUGCAUCCAGGAGGAGAGAAGGUAAAAAGGGAGCUCAUUGCUGUGUGCAGCUACUUGACUGUAGAAUCAUAGAAUGGUUUUACUUGGAAGGAACCUUUAAAGAUCAUCUAGUUCCAUUCCUCCUGCCAUGGGCAGAAACAUCUGCCACUGGACCUUGUUGCUCAGAGCCCCAUCCAGCCUGGGUAGGGGAGUGUGGACAAGAUGGAGCCAGGCUCUUGCAGGGAUGUACAGAAGACAAAGGACAGCAGCACAAGCUGCAGCUUAUCUUCAUCAUGAGCCCAGUCAGACACUGGAACAGGGCCCAGAGAGGCUGUGGGACCUCUGUCCAUGGAGAUACUCAGAGAUGGACUGGAUGAAGCCCAGAGAAAUAUGAUUUAACUCUGAAGUAAGUCCUGCUUUGAGCAGUAGGUUGGACCAGACUCCUCCAGAGUCUCAUUCUGGCCUGAAUUAGCCAUGAACCUACACCCAGAGAAAGACACUGCCACUCAUCCCUGCCAAGGUUGCAUCCCUGGCUUUGUUUUGGGAUAAUGAACAAUGGUUUCCAGGGAGGUUGCCAGGGAGGCUGACAUCAGGCAUCCCUUCCCUACAGAGUACCGUGCACAGCAGCACCAACAGUUCUGAAUCUGCAAAUGAGUCGGGAGGGCACUCGGGGGAAGCCCCAGAGGUGUUUUGCGUCAUUGGCCCAGGUUGCCUAGCACUGCUGGGACUGCGGAGAGGGGACACCAGCUCCAGGGGCCCGUCUGAUCUUUCCCCCUGCGUGUCCUGCUAGAGAGCCACACACUGCUGAGGAGGGAGCAGAGGAGCAGCCAAGGCGAUGGCAGCUGAGGCAGGGAUGCUUGAGCUGCCCUUCACCUGCGACGAGCAGCUCACCCAGCGCAUGCGGCUGCGGUUCCAGAGCCUGCAGCAAAACAAGGCGAAGCCCCAGGAUGGCGAGAAGCUGCUGCGUCCCAAUGAGCACAUCUACCGAGUGGAUUUCAUCCAGCAGCACAAACUGCGCUUCCUCCGCUGGGAUGUGCAGCUGGAGAGACCUGGGAAGGUCAUGGUGACUGGCACCUCCCAGCACUGGACCCCUGAUCUCACCCACCUGAUGAACCGGCAGCUGCUGGAGCCGGUGGGCAUCUUCUGGAAGAGGCUGGGGGCCGAGGAGGUGGAGUGCAAUGGGGCAGACGCCCAGGAAUUUGGGGAGCGGAUAGCAGAAUUAGCCCAGAUCCGCAAGGUGAUGUAUUUUCUGCUCACUUUCACCGGUGGCCUCGAACCAGCUCAGCUGAAAGGCUCUAUUGUUUUUAAAGCUUGAUCCCCUCUUGCUCAGCUUUUCUGAGCAAAGCUCCAGCUACGCUUCUUUCAAUUCAGUUUUUCGUUCCAUUUUUACAUCUGGUUUUUUGUGCUUUUUUUUUAAUGAGAGGCAGCACUGUGGUAAAGCAGAGAACACCUCAGUGCUUCUGGAGCCCCUCAGCCCUCUGAAAUAUUCCCCAGAUGUGCUGCCCUCUGUCUAAAUGGUGGGGAGAAGGGUACCAUGAACUUGCUGCUGGAUUUGCCCAGAGUGUAAGACUGCGUGCUUGUAAAUUCAUCAGUGAUUCACACAGGGUCUUACUGGCUUGGAAAUACAAGGCCGCCCUAAGUCCUCUCACUGUAGCAACUGCACACCAAAAAUCCACUGGAAAAAUAAGUAAUUGCCAUACCAGAAAACAGCAGGGACCCCUGGAGGGAGCCCUGCUUUCCAGUUUCCAUCCUAGCCGUUAAAAAGGGAGGGCUUGUUUGUGAUGGAGUUCCUCUCCUUGCAAGGUGCUGAGUGCUUGCAGGCUCUGGUGACUUGUGCUGCUGCUGCUUGGAGUCUCUGAAGAGCAGUCCCGUGGAGAAUCCACCUUGCCGUGAAGCUGAAGUACAAACACUUGGACUCGCUGUAUUCUGCAGAUAUUGUAAACCCACUGGACUAAUGGGGAGCUUGGGCCAGCCUUUUCUGACCACUGCCACCGUUUCUUGCUGGGGGGAGGGUGGAAUUUGUUGGUCCAAGAUGGGUUGGAGCUGGUGUGUGUGUGUUUUGGCAGACCCAGCAGCUCAGAGCAGCCUGGGCCAGCAAUGAGUCCUCUGCAGCAGAGCUAAGUUGUGUUUUGUUCUGUCCUUAAAGCACACAUGAAAAUAUUUACUCUGAAGUGUCUAUAGAGAGUCAUGAGGCUGCAGAGCACUUUGCAAGCCACAGAGGAGGACCCUGCUGCUUCUAUCCUUAAAAAAAGCAGUGUCUCCUGCCCUCUAAAACACAGGGAAGGGUGUCUGGGUGACCAUGGGAGCAGAGGGGAAUAGUGCAUUUCUAAGUACUGGAACAGGAGAGAGUUUUGUGCCCAGUUUGCCCCAUGACUGCAAGUAAACUGUUACGUUUGGAUGUUUUCUCUUCCUCCACCAAAAAGUGGAGAGUACUUCACUGAAGCUUCUUGAGACACACAGAUAGAAAAGUCCCUUGAAAGAGCUAAGUAUUAUUACAGUUGGUUCUUUGCUCAGAUUGCACUCAAAUUUGUGUGAGUACUCCUCGAGGUGCAACCUGACACCUUCCCAAGAUGAGUAAGGAGAAAGCAGUGAUGGGAAAGCCAGGGCAAGGUGACUUUGUACCUGGGGCCUGUGGACUUAUGCAGACCAGACCCAAAAAGGGUUCAACCUCUUCUCUAAAAUGUCCAGAGAUGCAGACCCUAUGCCUUCCCCAGCCCAGCAAUAGUGUAUAAAAUGAUAUGCACAAGUUAUGUCAGGCAGAGAGGAGAAAGAAGGCAGAAGAUCAGAUACUGGCUGGAGAGGUGGUGGGAGCUGUUAGUCUUGCCCAAAACCAAAGCCCAGCAACCACCAAAUCCUACAGCCAUGCCAGAGAAGUUGAAGACUUUAUUUAGAUCCCAAGAAGUGCUGGACUCAGUGAGUAGAGAGAAAAGUGCAUGCAUCCCUGCUUGACCAAACACACCUCUAGGGUCCUAGCAGACUUUCCUGUAGAAGACCCCUCUUUGUACAUCUCAGAGCAGAGUUCCUGAGUACAAACUGCUUUAGACCAAAUAACAGAAGCCACUGGCAACAUCCAGAGGGGUUUUUGCAUGCUAAGUCUCACAAUAUGUCAUUGCUACGUUGCUAGGGUAGAGCUCUUGCUGCAGAUGUCUCACUGGGUAUUGGUGUACCGCAGUAAAUAAAAGCCUAGACAAUGGGUUCCCCUAAAGGACUGAGGCUGUUUGUGUCUUCUUCAUGCUCCCUUUGGAAGCUGCCCUAGUCCUGCAUGCAGUAAAGCACCAAAUUUCAACUCAAUAUUGGCAUUCUUGAGCCCUUUUUAACUUCCUGUAAAAUUUAAGAUGGACAUUUAAUUUAUUCUCUCUUGGUGUGAAAGGCUUCAUGGAGUAUUGAGUGGGUCUUUUGUGGUCAAGAGCAUCUUGAAGCUGGGCAUAGAAGGGGAAAUGAUUCUCAGGUGGAUCCUUGUUUCCUUCAGAACUGAGGAGGGAGGUGAGGGGACCAGUGUGGUCUCUCUCCGCUGCAGGGAAGAUGAACCUCUUUUACCAGUCACUGAAACUAUCCUACACAGUUCCAGCAUCCCAUGAAGACUUUCAGAUACUCCACCCUGUCCCAUCUCCCAGGGGAAUUCCAUCCCAGUUUGUACCACAGUUCACAUUGGUACAGCUGCAUGCCUCUCUCCUUAUCCUGAACUGGCAAGUUCCCAGCAUAAGGCUUGGAGAACUUGGCAUGUACCAAUUUCUCCUUAUCAGGGACAUUUUCUCCAGGACCACAGAUACCUUUUCUCUUAAUUAGCCACUCUUAAGAAAAUUGAAAAAAGCCCUAAAUAAGUUUAGGGAGGUGAACCUGGCAUUUCUGUGCUCACAAUUUACCUGUCUCUGAACCCUUUCACAGUAAAUUUUUCACACUAAAUGGUGUUGCAGCUCCAGAUUUUUUGAGUCCCUAAGGAAAAACAGCACAUCUGGGUGAAAAAGAACGAGAAGAGCAUGGUUUCCACUGCCCCAGUGUCACACAGCCAAGUCCAGGACUUGUUGGGAUCCUGAGAUGGGUGGUCCAUGGAAUACUCUCCAGCAGGGAGCACCUGUGGAGAUCAGACUCCUCUAAUUUCCUUGAGGGUCAGUGUAGAAAUACGACCACUCCGUGCUCCUGGACCCUUCUCUGGAUGAAAGCUGACCAUUUUUGCUGCCUUCAGUGGUGGAGGGUGCUCCCAGAGCUGUCCCCAGGUGAAGAACUGGAGGAGGAUGGUGGGGACCUGUGUGUCUCACCACCAGUGACAGUAGGAGCAAGUCUCAGACCCAGCCAGCUGGAAGCUGUCACUACCAGCUCUGGCUGACGAGCUGCCUCUAAUCAAUGCUGGGAUCAUUUCUAAGCCCACAUUAAUAGCGAGUUGAUUAUCAGGAUGGUCCUCUAUGACAAUUCAUUAGGAUGAGCUCCAGUCAGGAGGGAAUCAAUGGGCACUGAUGGAGGGCUGGCUGACCUUUCCUGGCAGUCUCCAGAGAGGACUCUGGGACAUAUCUGUUAGCACUUCUAUAAAACACCAAACCCUCCAAAUGUGGCUCUUUUUCAUGGCUUUGUCUGCUCUGCUUCUAUUGAUCCAGAUGACUCAAGAGUGCCUGUGAGCUUGCAGGGCUGAUGGCAUCAUUAAUAUUUCAGUGUAGGAGCAAUAAGAGCCCUGGGCUGGACCAUUGCUGGUAGCUAAGGAGUCAGGGGGUUCUUCAGAGGGAAUUCUCUCUGCACAAUUCCUGCUUUGUGACAGUAGACAAAAAAAAAACCAAAACCAAAACCCAGCUCUGUCAGCUGGACAAUGGCCCAAAGCAUAGUACAGGUGGUUUCACCAUGUCCUGUGACUUCUUGAAGAGGCUCUUUCCAAGCAAUGUAGUUGUGUCCUCUCCAAACCCCAGAGCACUCAGCUCUCCAGAGGAAAGUGAUUAUUUGGUGUAUUGGAACAUAAUACGUGCCUGCAUGGACACCUUGGGGGUUUUCUAUCACUGAGCUCAUGAUCCUUUGGGAGCAGGUAAGUGAGUAGCAGGGGUGUGGCCAGGCAGUCACAUUACUGCUGCUGUGUGACUCAGAACUUGUCAGCCAACAACUGCAGUAACUAGAUGUGGCCUCACAGCCUGCCCUGGCCGUGAGGUAAAACCACAUUGCCUCCACCCUCAACAAAUCUAAACUGUGCUGGGGUAGUUCCUUGCUGUGUGCCUCUGUGUCCUGGCUCUGGGUGAAUUUUCUAUCCAAAGCGGAGCUGGUGGUGCCUGCAGCCAUGACAGGCUGUGCAUUUUUGCAGUUCCCCUUUGCCUGUGCCUGUCCUGCUGGCAGUGACACCAAACCUGUGCCUCCCCAGAGGCUUCUCAGCAGCCUCUCAGCUGUGCUACGGUUUCUUUCAACUCAGACCUUCUUUUCCAUCUUUCAUCCAAUCACCUCCCCGUGCUUGGCUGAGUGAGCAUGGUAGCUCUUGACAGGGAAGAAUGGUGACCUUGAGGGAAUGGGGAUUCUUGCUUUUCCCACUUUUAGUAGGUUCAUGCAGAGUAUCUGCUGCCUGUUCAUUGGCACCAGGUAGAGGAAUACCACACUUGCUCUUGGGCUAGUCAGGGCACACCAGAACCAAGUAGGAGAAGAAAGUGCCCUUUUUCAGUGGUACCCUACUGUCACUAAAAAAACAAAACCCAUGGUCAUAAAAAUAACAAUCUCUGGUUAGACAAAGAACUCAUCUGCUCCAAUAGCCUGUCUACAGAAGUACAUGGCAGCAGAUGUCCAGGGUAGGGUUAUAAGAAAGAGGACAAAGGUCUUUAACUCCACCUUCCAAGGGACAGUGGAGUCUAAGGUACUCCAGUACAUGUUAAUCUAGUCUGCAUUGGCAGAACCAGGUCCAAAAUCUGGCUCCAGCAGACUGUAAGGAAGUCCAUCCCCCUUACAGUCUUCCUUGUCUUUGAUAUUGUCUGCAUUAGUUCCAGGAUGAGAGUCAAUCCUGGGAAAAAAAUAAAUAAUUU